CUAAGCACUGAGGGAAGAUGAGGAGCCUUUUGCGAAUAUGACGUCUCUGACUGGUGUCAUUGCUUCCCACCAAUCUGAGUGGGUGUCUUUCAAUGAUGACCUGCUCCUCCCUGUUAAACCACGAGGUAGCACUGAGGAGCCUCUGGAAAAAUGUUUUUCUUCCUCAGACACCUCCUCAGAAGAGUACCAUAAAGUGGAUGGAGAAUUCCAGGAUCUCUCCCACAAUAAUCUGAAUGAUGGAGUGGAAAAGCCCAAGACGGAUUCUACUGUGCUUGGGAACCAUGUGUCUCCCAGAGCGGAUCUCUCAUCGUCCAUCAGUGCUUGGGUGCAGUUUGAAGAUGCGCCAUGGACCAGUGCUCCAGCAAGACAACCACGAGCAGUGUCCCCAUCAAAAGCACCCAGCUGGACUUCCCCCUCCUCUGACUCUUCUGAGAGACCAGCUCGUGCCUCAGAGAGCAGCUGGACAACCAACUCGGAGGACACCAGCAGCCCAAGCAUUGCUCCUUCCUACGUAGACCUGCAGUCCAUCAACACCGAGGACUUGACAAGUGGUGGAACAUCUGCAGCAGAUUCAGCUGACAAUUCCUCAUCUCUCCAGGAAGAUGAAGAGGUAGAUAUGGAGGCUGUCAAUUGGCAGCUGAACAACACCUCCAUGAAUGGGCAUUCUGCUACCCCAACCACAGCUCGCUUUCCCAGCUGGGUGACUUUUGAUGACAACGAGGUCAGUUUUUCACCACAGAACCUUUCUCCCUUGAAAACAGACACCCCACCUGCGGAAAAACAGACUCCAGAUGUCAACUUUAACCUCACUGCAUCCUUUAAGAAAAGAGAACGGCCUAAAAGCACCUUGGGUGACCUCUCCAAAAUUCAAAAGCUAGAUCUUUCCUCCUUAACCAAGUUGCCUUCUGUUGAAACACCGCCAUGGAGCGCUACUAAUCCUUUCUUGGAUGAAUCUUUGCGAGAUGUCCAACCCUCACCUAUCAAUCCAUUCAGCUCAUUCUUUGAGGAGCGAGACAGGCGUUCCCAAAGCUCUUCUGUCCCUAGCGCUCCAGGCAAAAGCCAAAGAGACUCUCUUAUUGUUCUCCACCAAGAACCUGAUACCAUCAGCUUCCUUGAGUCAAACAAAAGUGUAGUCCACACAGAUGCCGUAGAGCAGCUCAAGCAACUCCAGAUUGGAGACCCAGAUCGUGUGAGCAGCCCUACCUUGCCUGAUGAUGAUCCCAUGAUGCCGCAUGAUCUGGAUGCUGCUUUAUUUAACCUGGCACCAGCUCAACCAAAGGAUGGAUGGCCAAUGAUGCUCAGGAUCCCAGAAAAGAAGAAUAUUAUGUCAUCCAGGCACUGGGGACCAAUAUAUGUCAAGCUGACUGAUAGUGGAUGCAUACAGCUUUUUUAUGAAAAAGGGCUGGAGAAACCUUUCCGGGAAUUCAAACUGGAAAUCAAUCAUGAGAUUUCAGAACGCAAACUCCAGAACUACGAUGAGAAUGGAAGAAUACACAGUGUGCGGAUAGACCGCACCACUUACAAGGAGAAAAAGAAGUAUCAGCCUAAACCAGCUAUUGCUCACACAGCAGAGAGAGAGCAAGUUAUCAAGCUGGGGACUACAGACUAUGAAGACUUCCUUAGCUUCAUCAGUGCUGUGCAGGACGCACUGAUGAAUCUACCCACCUCAUCAACAGAUCUGAGCACAGUAGGACUGAACUACCAAGAAGAAGAAAUCACUGUUGACAUCAGGGAUGAGUUUCAUGGCAUCUUGGCCAAAGGAGACAAUGUGAUUCUCCAGCACAGUGUGCUGACCCAUAUCUAUGUUCUCAGCUUCCUUUCUGGCCUGGCAGAAUGCAGACUGGGCCUUAAUGACAUCCUGAUCAAAGGGAAUGAAAUAGUUGCAAGGCAGGACAUAAUGCCCACUACUACCACUAAGUGGAUUAAAUUAUACAGUUGUCGGUUCCAUUCAUGUGUGGAUGAGGAUAUGUUUAAUAAUUCCCGUGUUAUCCUGUUCAACCCCUUGGAUGCCUGCCGAUUCGAACUGAUGCGAUUCAGAACUGUCUUUGCUGAGAAAGCUUUGCCUUUUACUCUGAGGACAGCAGCCAGCAUCAACGGUGCUGAGGUGGAGCUGCAGAGCUGGCUGAUGAUGUCCACUGGGUUCUCCUCCAACCGUGACCCUCUAACUCAGGUCCCUUGUGAAAAUGUGAUGAUCCGCUACCCAGUGCCAAACGAGUGGGUGAGGAACUUCCGCAGGGAGAGCGUCCUGGGGGAGAAAUCUUUGAAAGCCAAGGUGAACAAGGGCGCCAGUUUCGGAUCAACCAGUGUAUCUGGUUCAGAGCCAGUAAUGAGAGUAACUUUGGGAACUGCCAAAUAUGAGCAUGCCUUUAAUUCCAUCGUAUGGAGGAUAAACCGACUGCCUGAUAAAAAUUCAGCCUCUGGCCAUCCUCACUGCUUCUUCUGUCACCUGGAGCUUGGCUCUGAUCGGGAAGUGCCUUCCAGUUUUGUCCGCCAUGUGGAUGUGGAAUUUGACAUGCCCACCACAUCAGCCUCCAAAGCCACUGUUCGGUCCAUCUCUGUUGAGGACAAGAGUGAUGUGAGGAAGUGGGUCAACUACUCAGCACACUACAGUUACAAGGUAGAGAUAGAGCAGAAAAAAAACUUGAAUGAGGAUCUGAAGGGAGAAGAUGCUGAAAAUAUCAAUGAAUGUGCCACACAGUGAAAGCAGAUCAGCCUGCAAGUC